GAAGGGCAGAGACAUUUGUCUGUUCCUCACAUUUCAUCCUUUUCCCUUCCAAGCCACCGGCGAAUUUCUCUCUCGUCGCCGCUCACAUAUCUGGCGCUGUGUCUCUCUCCACCCCCAGACCCAAAAACGCAGCGUGAUACAAUAGACUUUCUUUGUCUCUCACACAAACACACAAAAGGUUGGUCUGUAUUAUUUGUGAAAAUCGAGGUUUGAUGAUGGCUGUAAUGAGCAGCCGGUGUUCCCACACUUCGCACAUCACAGAGAUCAUCAUCACCAGCUUUUUCCGCCACAAAAACUAAAACCCACUUCGUUAAAGUCCCAAUAUCCAAAUAUAAAGCUCUGGUGGAUUAUUUAAGAAAAAUAGCUGGGUUUAUAUUGCAAUUUCUUGAAAAUUUCAUCAAUAUACUGCUCUUGAAAAGUAAUAUUACAUGGCGGCUUGGAGGGCCGUUCGUGGCGUUGCUGGUGAUGGUUUUGAUGUCAACGGUGAUUUGCUUGAAACACGGAAACUGAAAAUUCCAUAUCAUGGGCAGCCUCUUGAUUCUAUGCAUUUUCCUGGUUCUUCAUCUUCUUUUCUUGGCUCAAGAUCCAUGGUUAGUUUUGGAGGAACUGCUGGACCAUGCAAUUCAGCCAGCUUAACUGUUCAUCCUUAUGAUCCAGAAGAUAAUGGAUACAAGUACUUGGAUGAGUAUUUUAAUCAGCCAGAAAAGAAGAGGCGUCUUACAGUCGACCAAGUUGAGUUCCUAGAGAGGAGCUUUGAUGCAGAGAAUACACUCAAACCAGAGAGGAAAAUUCAGCUUGCCAAGGAGCUCGGCUUGCAGUCUCAACAGAUUGCAAUAUGGUUCCAAAAUCGCCGGGCACGAUGGAAGAUUAAACAGCUGGAAAUUGAUUUUGAGACAUUAGAAGCGAGCUAUAACCGCAUGAAAAUUGACUAUGAUAACCUUCUCAAGGAGAAUGAGAAACUAAAAGCUGAGGUUCUUGUCCUCGCGGAGAAUGUGCUUGUUGGAGAUCAAGGGGAUGGAAACUCACUGUUGAGUGAUAACCAAAAAUUGCCUGAAGGAUCACGAAAAUCUGUUGCUGAUACAAUUUCUGAAGACGAAGAAUCCAAAGUGUCAAGGGUGGCCUUAAAGAGUGAAGAUAUGAGCUCUGCCAGAAGUGAUGCAAUAGAUAGCCGCCAUAAUGCUGAUGGAAUUCACUCUUCAUACAGUUUCGAGCCUGAUAAUUCAGAUUUAUCUCAGAGUGAAGAUAACUGGAAUGAGGAAUUACUUCGACCUGCUUACGCUUUUUCAAAAAUCGACGAUGCUGAUUAUCUUGGUGUGUCUGCGAACUCUUAUUACUUUGGAUUUCCUAUUGAAGAUCAUGCCUUUGGUUUCUGGUCGAAUUGAGAAUCAUUUGGUAUAUUUCUUCAUUUUCUUGCGUUCUCUUUCCUUAUCUCAAGUUUUUGUGACUAUGUUGAAUAUAAGCAAUAAUGCUAAUCAGUGGCACUCAUAUCCUUUCGUUGUAUGAUUGAUUGUGGCCAGUUAGAACUUGUUUACACUAUUGUUGUCUUGAAAUCUUAUUGAACUUGGCUCAUUUGGAAC